AUGUCUCUUAAUGGCCUAGAUAAUCCCGCUGUCAUCGAAGCCUACCAGAGCGCUCUGGCCGAAGCGGGAGGAUGGUUUCUUCUCCGUUACGUAUCAAGGGAUGAGAUAACUCUGCUUGAGCGAGGAACAGGCGGGGUGCAAGAUGUGCGGAGUGCGAUCGACAGCUAUGAAGAAAUCUCCCCUCUCUACGGUUUCUUACAAUAUCGGCGGAGAAAGGUGGUGCUGAGCUACCUGCCAGAGGGUCUCUCGAGGCUUAUACAAGCCCGAACCACAGUGCAGUUUCAGUCAAUCUUGGACAAGUUCUCACCCCAUGAUACUGUAUUCUCCUUCGCAAAGUCAGCAGAUCUUACCGAGAGUGCACUGUCUUCUGCGUGCUUGUUACAUGCUGCCUCAGGUUCUAUCACCUCCUCUUCAAGCUCCCUCCGCCGUCGCAGGCUGAUGGAAAUUGCUGAAGAUGCAGAGGAAACCAAUACGACCAAGGACGAGACGCAGGCCCCAUUUCCACAUCCGGACAAUCGACAGAGGUCAACCAGCCAUGUAUCCGACGCUACCAUAGUGCCCCCAUCGGUCACUUCGAACGCUCGAGAAACCCCCAUUGGCGACGAAUCGCCCCUCGUCGCAAAGAGCCCUCAGGAUUCCCAAGCGAGUGAUCAAGUCUCUAUCUCCUGGGAUAGUAGAUCCGAACGCCCCGCUUCACGAAGAAGACUUGAGGAUGACAUAUCCUACGCACCAUCCGAAUCGCGGAGGUCUAUACAGUCGGUCAGACCGUCGCUCAGGGACCUGGAGCGUGCGAGUACGUACACCCCGAAAGUCAAGCGUGGUCCUCGACCUUCAGUAGACGGGAGCGGGCGUCCUCGCACGGCAGGUAACCUGUCUCGAAACGCCGAGCAGCGGCCAGUAGCCUCUUUACCGGCCGGUGUUAGGACAUCUUCGCUACGGAAAGGCAACCCGAGCCCAAAUCGGCCCCGUUCUCAAGGAAGCCCAGUGGCAUCUGUGUCCAGCCGAACAGCUCCCCCUGUCCCGCCAUUGUUGGUCCCACCAUUGUCAAUGCCGAUUUCACGGCCUCAGCUGUCACCGGGUGCUAAAUCAUUGAGUGCUCUCUCUUCGUGCGGCACCUCAAACGAAAAGGAACGGCUGAUGAAAGCUCUCCAGCUGCGAAAAACUCAAAUGGAAAAGCGUGCGGCGGAGAGCAAAAGGGAUCGAAAGGUGAAAGAUGGAAGAUUGACCGAUGUUGACGAGAAUAAGGAGAACAUUGGUCAGGCUGAUCACAAGUCGAAGCAUGAUCAAGAAACUGCAGCGGUGACCGAACAUAGCAAAGAGCCUUGUCCUAAAAUGCAGCUUUCCAUUAUGCCUGGACCAAUCGCACUUUCUGAGGAAAAGCUUGCGCCUGCCGAAAAGCUUGCUACGUCCGACUCCACAAAACCCGAUUCCGCCGUGGGUAUGGAGGUCGCCAACUUCGAUGACGAACGGCUUCCCAAUCAGUCUCUUCUGAACUCAGACAACGCCUUUACAGCCAAUCCAGAAGAACCAUCGGAGACAGCCCGGUCACAGGCAUCUCAAGUACCCCCGGAAAUUGAAGCGGACGCUACCGACAGAGACUUAACCGUGUCCGUUGACAACGACACUAAAAGUGGCCCCGGCUUGCCUAGCGCCGACAUCCACGUCCCACCCCAAGACUCUGAAAAAGCUGCAACAGAGAAAAACCAAGAAAUUGUUCCCGCUCCUUCACAUCCGGAAAAUUAUCCUGUUACUGGCCUGGACGUGGCUUUAACAGUGACCGACCCGGCCGAUUCAACCCUUCCCCAAUCCAUUCCUAUUCCCGACUCGCCAACCUCCAAUUCACGGUCGAGCUCCACCCCCGAAGCGACGGUAAUAGCACCUUAUCCCGCCGAGCCGCAGAAUGACUUGAUCCCUGAGCCCUCGAAUACGGAUUCGAAGAACGUGAAUACUCGAAAAGACAAGCGUAAACCUCAGCUCGAGCCUAUUCAGGUGCCCACCCCAGACUAUUCUGAUGACGAAAACCUCCUUUCGGAUGAUUCCUUCAUGGAAGAACUGAAAAGCGCCACUGUCGAGGAAGCGAAGCCUGUUUCGGUCGGAAAGUCGCCGUUGUCGCCUGUCUACCCAAAUAACAAUGACCACAUAAGCUCUCAUGCUUGGAAGAAUUCGCGGGCAGUUUCGAACCCGAGCGCCCUGGGACAUCAAUUUUACAAUAUGCAGUCACUCUCCGGGGACAGAUCCGUCUCUGGUCCUUGUGGAGACAUGGAUAGCGCAACAGGUCCUGUGCUCGUGGCCAAGAAGAUCAAUGUAUCUUCAGGAAUCUCAAAGCGCAUCAAAGCUCUGGAGAAGUUUUCAAACAGCCGUGAAACAUCAUCGAACUCGGGCUUGAACCUAGCUCCACCUACUGCGUCCUCUUCUUUCGAAGCUCUUCGAAAGCGAGCCUCUGUGUCGUUAAGUGGGGGCAAUUCAGACGCAGGCUCAAUUUCCCGGCAUGGCUCUUAUACUCCAGAAGCUUUCUCCCGAGCCCCUAGCGUCAAACGUCGCGACUCACAACCUAGUACGAAUGCUGCAUGCACUACGAGUUCAAUCUCGGUGACUGCUCGGAUAGUCCGCGACGGAACCAAUGCCCCUAGCGAUUCAAACCCAGACCUUCCAGACUCGGGCGUUCUCAAUCUCCAAGCUAGUCCUUUGACCGUUGAACGUGGGCCUCUUGAACCGCCGAUUACCAAAUCAGAAGAACGUAGUAUGUCUUCGUCUUCUGCGACUUCUGGACACCAGUCUCGGGCCGCUUCGGUGUCGCGAUCUGAGAGCACAUUGUCUAUCUCCUCUGUCUCGAAAAAGGAAGAGGCCGGUUUGUCGAAGUCGACCAGCGAUUUAUCUUCGUCCCCUGAGGAGAAGAGGGCCUCUCGCGCUUCUCGACUCUUACGCCGCAUGUCAUCGAUAACGUCAAAUUCAAAGAAGAGCGUCAUUGGGGCAUUCAGUCCUUCCGUCAAGGAAGAAGAGAGCGGACGGACUGCUGCUGAGAAGCCGAAGGCUAGCGUGAGCACCGCGGCAAUCGAUGUCGGCGAGGUCAAUGUUCAGUUCCCUGACACCCUCCUCUGGAAGCGCCGGUUCAUUCGGAUCGAUGACAAAGGAUAUCUGAUAUUGACCCCUGGAAAUGUCGAUUCAAGCAGCCGCAACAUGAUCAAGCGGUACCAUCUGACUGAGUUCAGAACACCAUGUAUACCGGAUGAAGAUCGUCAAGAACUGCCUAACAGCAUUUUGCUUGACUUCUUGAACGGCAGCACCCUCCAGUGCGCCUGUGAAUCCCGACAAGGACAAGCCUUUGUGCUCCAAACACUCGUUGACGCUCACAGUGCUCAUCAGCAGUCACUGCCCUGA